AUGGCCGCCGGCGCGUGGUCGGCGGCCGCGGCGGCGGCGCGCGCGGCGGUGCGCACGCUCGGGCGCCUCGUCCCCCGCACCCACACCCACUCCACCGCCACCACCACCUCCUCCUCCCCCGCGCACACCCUGGACGACUACAACCGCCUGCUGGCGGCCCUGGCGCGCGACGGGGACGGCGAGUCGGCGCUGCGCGUGCUCAGCCGCAUGCGCCACGGCUCGCCCGCGGCCUGCGCGCCCACGGCCGCCUCCUACGUCUCCGCCAUGUCGGCGCUCGCCAAGGCCGGCCGCGCCGCCGACGCCAUGGCGCUCUUCGACGACAUGCUCGCGCACGGCGUGGCGCCCGACCGCCGCGCCUACUCGCUCCUCCUCCACGUCUACUCCACCCACCUCGGCCUCCCCGCCGCCGGCCGCUCCGUCCUGCACUGGAUGUCCGGCCUCGGCGUCCGCCCCAGCCCCGUCGACUACGCCGACCUCAUCUUCUCCUUCUGCCGCGCGGGGCACCUCCCGGACGCGCUCCAGCUGCUCGACGAAAUGCGCGCGCUCGGGUACCCGGUCCCCCCGCACGUCUACUCGCCCGUCCUCCAGGCCCACUGCGACGCCGGCGACAUCCCGGCCGCCGACGCGCUCAUCGCCUCCAUGCGCGCCUCCGGGUGCCGCUCCGGGUGCAACCCCGACGUCGUCAUCUACAACAUCUACAUCCACGGGCUGUGCAGGGUCGGCGAUUUCCACGCCGUGCAGAGGGUUAUCAAUGACAGUGUCUGGAACUGGUGGGUGCCGGACGCGGUGACCUACAGCACCUACGUUGCCGGGCUCUGCCGGUUUGGAUACAUCGAGGACGCGUUCCGGCAGCUGGACAUCAUGGUCGCCAUGGGGCUGCAGCUGACCGUGGUUGGCCUCAACAUACUUCUGGAUUACGCCGCGAAAGAUCUAGAUAUGUGGGUGGCCAAGGAGGUGCUGGAGCGCUGCGAAGAGCUGGGCUUCGAGGUCGAUGUCGUGACGUACAACACGGUCAUGGACCAUUUCUCCAAGAAGAUGCAGUGGCUGCUUGUGCUCAGGCUGUUCACGGACCUGCUCAAGAAGCCCAUAACACCCAAUGUGCAGACGUACAACAUCUUGAUCUCAUCCCUGUGCCGAGCCGGCAAGUUUGAGGCCGCCAAGUUCGUGUUCGGCUGCAACGGGUUUGUGGCAGACACCGUGACCUGUAACAUUCUGAUCCAUCAGUUCUACGGUGCUGGAAAGGAGGGCGAGCUCGGGUUCUUGUUCUGCCAUAUCGAUUCAGGGAAGAUUACCCCAGAUGUAAUCACAUACAACACGCUGGUCGAUUGCCUCUUUAGGUCUGGGAGGAGAACCGAGGCUGCCAAUCUGGUAAGGCACAUGGACGGCGGCUACCCUGCGGAGCCCGUAGCGCAUCUGGCAUUUUGGUUGGUCAGGAGCGGAAAUGUUCGAGAGGCUUUGCGUCUGUUUGAUGACAUGCUAGCGAAAGGAGUCGCUAUAGAUGCUAGGGUUUUUGCCAAUGUGAUCAAGGCAUUCUGCAGAAAGGGUCCAGUGGAAUGCACAGAUAUUACACAGCUGUGCUCUGUGCUGGAUAGGAUGCUUGGGAUUGGAUGAUCCUUCUUUUGCUCUCUUGCUGACAUAUUGGUUGGCCUCAUUUUUGAACUUGUCCUGUUGUAUCACUAGGAGAUCGCAACUGAAAGUAAAACACCCGGCAUACUGAAA